AGCAUGCGCUACUAUUGUUUCAAUAUGAAGAUCUCAAUAGGGGGCGGGGGCAUAUUUAAGCAUGCAUUCCUAUUUUUUUUUGAAGCAGCAAGCGCCUUUAUGUGACCUAACAGGACUUUUGAAUUAACUCAGUGAUUUUGCAGACGGAGGAGAGGAAAUGAAAGCAGAAGAAGUUAUCGAAACUCGGAACCACAUGUUCAAUCUUUUUUUAGCGGUUUCCCCAGAGAUCUUUCUCAUUAACGCAACCUUCAUUUUGCUCAUUCAUGGAGUUGUAUUUAGUACCUCUAAGAAAGAUGAUUAUCCACCGUUAGUUAGUAAUGUGGGUUGGCUUGGAUUACUUAGUGUUCUAAUAACCUUGCUUCUGCUCGCCGCUGGCGCACCUCUCCUAACUAUUGCCCAUUUAUUCUGGAAUCAUUUUUUUAGGAGGGACAAUUUUACAUAUUUCUGCCAAAUCCUUCUAUUAUUAAGUACGGCUGGUACCAUUUCGAUGUGUUUCGAUUCUUUCGAAAAAGAGAGGUUUGAUGCUUUUGAAUUCAUUGUAUUAAUUCCACUUCCUACUCGCAGUAUGCUCUUAAUGAUCCCGGCUCAUGAUUUAAUUGCCAUGUAUUUAGCUAUUGAGCUUCAAAGUUUAUGUUUUUAUGUGAUCGCAGCAUCAAAAAGAAAGUCUGAAUUUUCCACGGAAGCCGGCUCAAAAUAUUUGAUCUUAGGUGCAUUUCCCUCUGGAAUAUUAUUGUUCGGGUGCGACCGGACUACUACCGAUCAAUUUUUGGAAACUUCUUUAUAGACUUGUAGAGACCCUCUAUGUAGUUGUAAUUCUUGGGCAAUCGAUCUACUUUCCCCAUAGCCCUAAGGCAGUGUCUCGAUCUCCUACGUGCGAAAGAUAAGAUACGGGAGACGGGGUCCUAUGGUAUGGGUCUUCGACCCUUGGUCUAAUUCCACGACGGAGAGUCGGCGUGGCGUAAAGUGAAGAUUGGGGGGAAUAGAGCGAAAUCCCCGUCUGGGGUAUUCCGAAGGUGUAACCUAGGCAACGAAAAAGGGGCCCGAUACUUAAACUAAAGGAGCGACCUGUUGGUUCACCAAACCCCGACCCAGUGUCACACGUUCUCCAGGUCCGAAGGGAUCCAGUGCCCAACUACCGACUCCUCCCGGAAUUGCGUUAUCGGAGCCGAGCCAGGAAUAGCCGUUAGUGGACACCUACCACUUUUCACCGGUUAGAGAGGCCCUCUUUAAUACAUUAAGAAAAUAUGUUCACAGGGGCCAGAAAGACUCGGUCAUAGGAACUUAAACCACCUACGCGCUGGUAAACGAAAACCACCUCGACCGGAUCUACCGAACGAAGAAGGCCGCCCCGUCGAAAGAAUUAACACGCCAAAAGGGCCACCAGCUUUCCCCAAAAAAAGGGGAGAUCCGCUGCUUACUGCUCACGGAAACA